GGCUCCCGGCUCCCGGCCGCGCCGCGCCCCAUGCACUCGCCGCGCCGCGCAGCCCGCGCACGCCCGGAUGGCUCGUCGCGCCGCGGGCGGCGCACCCCUUAGCGCCCGGGCCGCCGCGGCCAGCCCCCUGCGGCCGCGCCCGCCAUUCCGGGACCCGUCGUGCCCGCCGCUGCUGCUGCUGCUGCUCCUGGGGGCGGCGCGGGCCGGCGCCCUGGAGAUCCAGCGCCGGUUCCCCUCGCCCACGCCCACCAACAACUUCGCCCUGGACGGCGCGGUGGGGACGGUGUACCUGGCGGCCGUCAACCGACUCUACCAGCUGUCGAGCGCCAACCUGAGCCUGGAGGCCGAGGCGGCCGUGGGCCCGGUGGCCGACAGCCCGCUGUGUCACGCCCCGCAGCUGCCUCAGGCCUCGUGCGAGCACCCGCGGCGUCUCACCGACAACUACAACAAGAUCCUGCAACUGGACCCUAGCCAGGGCCUGGUGGUCGUGUGCGGUUCCAUCUACCAGGGCUUCUGCCAGCUGCGUCGGCGGGGCAACAUCUCGGCGGUGGCCGUGCACUUCCCGCCAGCCGCGCCGCCGGCGGAGCCGGUCACCGUGUUCCCCAGCAUGCUGAACGUGGCGGCCAACCACCCGAACGCGUCCACCGUGGGGCUGGUCCUGCCCCCGCCCGCAGGCACCGGGGGCAGCCGUCUGCUCGUCGGCGCCACGUACACGGGCUACGGCAGCGCCUUCUUCCCGCGCAACCGCAGCCUGGAGGACCACCGCUUCGAAAACACGCCCGAGAUCGCCAUCCGCUCCCUGGAUGCGCGCGGCGACCUGGCCAAGCUCUUCACCUUCGACCUCAACCCCUCCGACGACAACAUCCUCAAGAUCAAGCAGGGCGCCAAGGAGCAGCACAAGCUGGGCUUCGUGCGCGCCUUCCUGCACCCACCGGACCCGCAGCCAGACGCCCAGUCCUACGCGUACCUAGCGCUCAACAGCGAGGCGCGCGCGGGUGACAAGGAAAGCCAGGCGCAGAGCCUGCUGGCGCGCAUCUGCCUGCCCCGCGGCGCAGGCGGCGACGCCAAGAAGCUCACUGAGUCCUACAUCCAACUUGGCUUGCAGUGCGCGGGCGGCGCGGGCCGCGGCGACCUCUACAGCCGCCUGGUGUCCGUCUUCCCCGCGCGCGAACUGCUCUUUGCGGUCUUCGAGCGGCCGCAGGGGGCCCCAGCGUCACGCAUGACCCCCGCCGCGCUCUGUGCCUUCCGCUUCGCAGACGUGCAAGCCGCAAUCCGCGCAGCGCGCACCGCCUGCUUCGUGGAGCCCGCACCCGACGUGGUGGCCGUGCUCGACAGCGUGGUGCAGGGCACCGGGCCGGCCUGCGAGCGCAAGCGCAACAUCCAGCUGCAGCCGGAGCAGCUGGACUGCGGGGCUGCCCACCUGCAACACCCGCUGUCCAUCGUGCAGCCCCUGAAGGCCACGCCCGUGUUCCGAGCCCCGGGCCUGUCGUCCGUGGCCGUGGCCAGCGUGGGCAGCUACACGGUGGUCUUCCUGGGCACAGUCAGCGGGCGGCUGCUGAAGAUCAACCUGAAUGAGAGCAUGCAGGUGGUGAGCAGGAGGGUGGUGACGGUGGCCUAUGGGGAGCCCGUGCACCAUGUCAUGCAGUUUGACCCCGCAGACCCUGGGUACCUGUAUCUGAUGACGUCCUUCCAGAUGGCCAGGGUGAAAGUCGCUGCGUGCGCCGUGCACACCACCUGCGGGGACUGCGUGGGUGCAGCCGACGCCUACUGCGGCUGGUGCGCCCUGGAGACCCGGUGCACCCUGCAGCAGGACUGCGCCAACUCCAGCCAGCCACAUUUCUGGACCAGUGCCAGCGAGGGCCCCGGCCGCUGUCCCACCAUGACCGUCCUGCCGGCCGAGAUCGACGUGCGCCAGGAGUACCCAGGUAUGAUCCUGCAGAUCUCAGGGAGCCUGCCCAGCCUCAGCGGCAUGGAGAUGGCCUGUGACUAUGGAGACAUCCGCACUGUGGCCCGGGUCCCAGGCCCUGCCUUUGGACACCAGAUCGCCUACUGCAACCUCCUUCCAAGGGACCAGUUCCCACCCUUCCCGCCCCACCAAGACCACGUGACCGUGGAGAUGUCGGUGCGAGUCAAUGGGCAGAACAUCGUCAGGGCCAGUUUCGCCAUCUACGACUGCAGCCGCGUGGGACAAGUGUACCCCCACACGGCCUGCACCAGCUGCCUGUCAGCACAAUGGCCCUGUUUCUGGUGCACCCAGCAGCACGCCUGUGUCUCCAACCAGUCUCGGUGUGAGGCCUCACCAAAUCCCACGAGCCCUCAGGACUGCCCGCAGAUCGUGCCCUCAGCCCUGGCUCCCAUGCCCACGGGCAGCUCCCAGAGCCUCCCAGUGCAUCUGGCCAACGCCGCCUUCUUCCAGGGUGCAGCCCUUGAAUGCAGCUUCGGGCACGAGGAGCUCUUCGAGGCUGUGUGGGUGAAUGAGUCGGCCGUACUCUGCAACCAAGUGGUGCUGCACACGACCCAGAAGAGCCAGAUGUUUCCACUCAGCCUCCAACUAAAGGGGCAGCCAGCCCGAUUCCUGGACAGCCCUGACCCCAUGACAGUGGAGGUCUACAACUGUGCCAUGGGCAGCCCCGACUGUUCCCAGUGCCUGGGCCGGGAGGACCUGGGCCACCUGUGUGUGUGGAGUGACGGCUGCCGCCUGCGGGGGGCCCUGCCGCCCCUGCCUGGCACCUGCCCUGCCCCCGAGAUCCGAGCGAUCGAGCCCCUGAGUGGCCCCCUGGACGGUGGGACCCUGCUGACCAUCCGCGGCAGGAACCUGGGCCGGCGGCUCAGCGACGUGGCUCACGGCGUGUGGAUUGGCAGUGUGGCCUGUGAGCCACUGGCCGACAGAUACACGGUGUCAGAGGAGAUCGUGUGUGCGACGGGGCCAGCCCCAGGCGCGUUCUCGGACGUGGUGACGGUGAACGCCUCCAAGGAGGGCAGGUCACGGGAGCGAUUCUCCUAUGUGCUCCCCCUUGUCCACUCUCUGGAGCCUGCCGUGGGCCCCAAGGCCGGGGGCACCAGGGUCACCAUCCAUGGGAACGACCUCCACGUGGGCUCCGAGCUGCAGGUCCUGGUGAAUGAUACGGAGCCCUGCACGGAGCUGGUGCGCACGGACACCAGCAUCACCUGCACAGUGCCUGGGGGCGCCCUGCCGGCCCCCGUGCCCGUGUGUGUGCGCUUCGAGCGCCGGGGCUGCGUGCGCGGCAACCUCACCUUCUGGUACAUGCGGAACCCGGUCAUCACGGCCAUCAGUCCCCGCCGCAGCCCCGUCAGCGGUGGCAGGACCAUCACAGUGGCUGGCGAGCGUUUCCACAUGGUGCAGAAUGUGUCCAUGGCCGUGCACCACAUCGGCCGGGAGCCCACGCUCUGCAAGGUCCUCAACUCCACCCUCAUCACCUGCCCAUCACCUGGGGCCCUGAACAAUGCGUCAGCCCCCGUGAUCUUCUUCAUCAACGGGCGGGCCUAUGCAGACGAGGUGGCGGUGGCCGAGGAGCUGCUGGACCCCGAGGAGGCCCAGCGGGGCAGCCGGUUCCGCCUGGACUACCUCCCAGACCCACAGUUCUCCACGGCCAAGAGGGAGAAGUGGAUCAAGCACCACCCCGGGGAGCCCCUCACCCUGGUCAUCCACAAGGAGCAGGACAGCCUGGGCCUCGAGAGCCACGAGUACCGGGUCAAGAUAGGCCAGGUGGCCUGUGACAUCCAGAUCGUCUCCGAGAGAGUCAUCCACUGCUCGGUCAAUGAGUCCCUGGGCACAGCUGAGGGCCAGCUGCCCAUCACAAUCCAGGUGGGGAACUUCAACCAGACCAUUGCCACGCUGCAGCUGGGGGGCAGCGAGACUGCCAUCAUUGUGUCCAUCGUCAUCUGCAGUGUCCUACUGCUGCUGUCUGUGGUUGCCCUGUUUGUCUUCUGCACCAAGAGUCGCCGCGCCGAGCGCUACUGGCAGAAGACGCUGCUGCAGAUGGAGGAGAUGGAGUCUCAGAUCCGAGAGGAAAUCCGUAAAGGCUUCGCGGAGCUGCAGACGGACAUGACGGAUCUGACCAAGGAGCUGAACCGCAGCCAGGGCAUCCCCUUCCUGGAGUACAAGCACUUUGUGACCCGCACCUUCUUCCCCAAGUGCUCCUCCCUCUAUGAAGAGCGCUACGUGCUGCCCUCCCAGACCCUCAACUCCCAGGGCAGCUCCCCGGUGCAGGAGACCCACCCACUGCUGGGAGAGUGGAAGAUCCCUGAGAGCUGCCGGCCCAACAUGGAAGAGGGCAUCAGCCUGUUCUCCUCCCUGCUCAACAACAAGCACUUCCUCAUCGUCUUCGUCCACGCGCUGGAGCAACAGAAGGACUUCGCAGUGCGAGACAGGUGCAACCUGGCUUCCCUGCUGACCAUCGCGCUCCACGGCAAGCUUGAGUACUACACAGGCAUCAUGAAGGAGCUGCUGGUGGACCUCAUCGACGCCUCGGCCGCCAAGAACCCCAAGCUCAUGCUGCGGCGCACGGAGUCCGUGGUCGAGAAGAUGCUCACCAACUGGAUGUCCAUCUGCAUGUACAGCUGCCUGCGGGAGACGGUCGGGGAGCCGUUCUUCCUGCUGCUGUGCGCCAUCAAGCAGCAGGUCAACAAGGGCUCCAUUGACGCCAUCACCGGCAAGGCCCGCUACACGCUCAGCGAGGAGUGGCUGCUGCGCGAGAACAUCGAGGCCAAGCCCCGCAACCUCAACGUGUCCUUCCAGGGCUGCGGCAUGGACUCGCUGAGCGUGCGGGCCAUGGACACGGACACGCUGACGCAGGUGAAGGAGAAGAUUCUGGAAGCCUUCUGCAAGAACGUGCCCUACUCCCAGUGGCCGCGCGCCGAGGACGUCGACCUGGAGUGGUUCGCCUCCAGCACGCAGAGCUACAUCCUGCGGGACCUGGACGACACUUCGGUGGUGGAGGAUGGCCGCAAGAAGCUCAACACGCUGGCCCACUACAAGAUCCCUGAAGGUGCCUCCCUGGCCAUGAGCCUCACAGACAAGAAGGACAACACGCUGGGCCGAGUGAAAGACUUGGACACAGAGAAGUAUUUCCAUUUGGUGCUGCCCACGGAUGAGCUGGCAGAGCCCAAGAAGUCCCACCGGCAGAGCCACCGCAAGAAGGUGCUCCCGGAGAUCUACCUGACCCGCCUGCUGUCCACCAAGGGCACGCUGCAGAAGUUUCUAGAUGACUUGUUCAAGGCCAUUCUGAGCAUCCGUGAAGACAAACCUCCACUGGCCGUCAAGUAUUUCUUUGACUUUCUGGAGGAGCAAGCCGAGAAGAGGGGGAUCUCAGACCCCGACACCCUGCACAUCUGGAAGACCAACAGCCUUCCUCUCCGGUUCUGGGUGAACAUCCUGAAGAACCCACAGUUCGUCUUCGACAUCGACAAGACAGACCACAUUGACGCCUGCCUCUCGGUCAUCGCGCAGGCCUUCAUUGACGCCUGCUCCAUCUCCGACCUGCAGCUGGGCAAGGAUUCGCCAACCAACAAGCUCCUCUACGCCAAGGAGAUUCCCGAGUACCGGAAAAUCGUGCAGCGCUACUACAAACAGAUCCACGACAUGACCCCGCUCAGCGAGCAGGAGAUGAACGCACACCUGGCGGAGGAGUCGCGGAAAUACCAGAAUGAGUUCAACACCAACGUGGCCAUGGCAGAGAUUUAUAAAUAUGCCAAGAGGUAUCGCCCACAGGCACUCACAUCCCCAGGACGUUUGUGCUUUGGGGGUGUCACCGGCAGUGGAAACGCAGGCUGUGUGUUCCCCCACGAUCUGCAGUGGGACCCGUGGGGCCCAGGACAUGGGCUAUGGCCCAGCUGCCCCUCGCCUCCCCCUCAGAUCAUGACCGCCCUGGAGGCGAACCCCACGGCCCGGAGGACGCAACUGCAGCACAAGUUCGAGCAGGUGGUGGCCCUGAUGGAGGACAACAUCUACGAGUGCUGCAGCGAGGCCUGAGCCCGCAGCAGUGGGGCGGGGGCUGAGGAGCGCCACCCGCUGCUUCUCUCUGCUCCCAGUGCCUCUGACUCUGGCUGGGGAAUGACUGACCAGAGGCAGCUAGGGUGGGGGACGAGGGGCCUCUCUGAGCCAGGCAGAGGAGCCCCUGGCCCUGGCCCCUCAGGCACCGUCCCCUCCCACCUGCCCCCAGACCCGGCCUCUGGGACGGGAACGCGAACGCCGCAGCCCAUCCCAGGUGAGGCUCCUGCCGGCCACGCAGCACAGCCUGGACGGCGCCCCCACUCCCCCCGCCACGGCCGAGGGUCCUGCCCCACGCGGUCCAGCGCCAGCGAACCAACCUGCGGGCCACGGGGCCGCCUGGCCCAGAGGCCGCAGCCGGAACCACUACCUCAUCUAACCUGGCGGGGGGGAGGCCCCCUGAAUCAGCCCUCGGUUGGUUUCUGCUUCAGCCACCGAAACAUUGUUCCCGUCUCCCCUCACCCGGAGAGGACCUGCCACGCACGCGUUCAAGCAGUGUCAUAUUUUGGUUGCUCGAGCUGCCGCUGGUGGCAGGGCCGCGCCCAUUGCCCGCGGGGAGGCUCCAAGGCCGCCCCACGAGCUGGGCAGGCGGAGGACGAGGGGACAGGCGCUGGGCGAUCCUGGCCUCGAGGGGGGAGGCUGCGCAGCACCAAGGCUGUAGCUGGGCUACUUGAUCUUGCUGGAAGUGUUUCUAAAGAUAGCACCAGUUUUUUGUUUUUGUUUUUGUUUUUGUUUUUUUUUAAAAAAAAGCUUUUAUAUAUUAAAAAACUUAACACGCGCCAACUGUGAAUAGCUGCCGCUCGUGCAGAGGACCCGGGGAGGGGUCCCCAGGGGCUCCCAGCACAACACUGGAAACGACUGCUCCAGGGACGGGCAGACCUGGCAGAGACCCCCCGCGGCGCUCAGAGAAAGUGGCCCUUUCUGAGCUGUCAGAAGCGCCGUCUGUGCUGGCCCGGCCACCGGUGCAGCCCCACCUGGCACUGGAUAGGCUCGGGGCUGCGCGGGAGGGGGAGGCUGGGAUGCUCUGGAACCUUCUUUGUAAUAAAAGCCUGAUAGGAAAA